AUAUCUGAAUGUACUUCAGAAGGUUGUUGAGAAUGGUAGUCCCGCUGAGAGGAAAAACUGGUUUCCUGAUAUUGAACCAUUUUUUAAGCUUCUUGGUUACGAAAACAUCCCUCCAUAUCUAAAGGGUGCUCUUAGAAAGACCAUUGCUGCCUUUGUUUAUGUCUUUCCAGAAAUGAGGGACACUAUCUGGGCUUUUCUUGAGCAGUAUGAUCUACCUGUUGUUGUGGGAUCACAAGUUGGAAAGAGUGACCAACCUUCUCAGGUCUAUGAUAUGCAGUUUGAGUUAAAUGAAGUGGAAGCAAGGAGAGAACAAUAUCCUUCAACAAUAUCCUUCCUUAAUCUUAUAAACGCUCUGAUUGCUGGAGAGAAAGAUAUGACUGAUCGUGGGCGUAGAUUUAUUGGCAUCUUCAGGUUUGUGUAUGAUCAUGUAUUCACCCCUUUUCCUCAGAGGGCAUAUUCAGAUCCUUGUGAGAAGUGGCAGUUGGUUGUGGCAUGCCUUCAACAUUUUCACAUGAUCUUAAGCAUGUAUGACAUUCAGGAGGAGGAUCUUGAUGGAUUUACUGAGCAUCCACAGUUUUUGGUGUCGGUUGAAACAUCAUCACUGCAAAUGCAGCUACCAAUUAUAGAAUUACUUAAAGAUUUCAUGAGUGGGAAAGCUCUCUAUAGGAACCUCAUGGGUAUCCUUCAAGUUGGAGUCAGUUCCAUCAUCAGCGAGCGAUUGAGUAAAACUUAUGGGAAGAUCUUAGAAAAGGCUGUACAACUUUCUUUAGAAAUCUUACUGCUCGUCUUCGAGAAGGAUUUGCUUGUUUCCGAUGUUUGGCGUCCGCUGUACCAGCCUUUGGAUAUAAUUCUCUCACAAGAUCAUAAUCAAAUUAUUGCCUUGUUGGAGUAUGUCAGAUAUGAUUCUCUUCCUCAGAUUCAGCGAUCUUCAGUCAAAAUCAUGAACAUUUUAAGUUCUCGUUUGGUUGGACUUGUUCCAAUGCUGAUCAAAAUUGAUGCUGCGAAUUCCUUGAUCGAGGAUUAUGCGGCCUGCCUUGAGGUACGACUUGAAGAGGGUGAAGUUGUAGAGAACAGUUGUGACGAUCUGGGGGUCCUUAUUAUGCAGCUUCUGGUUGAUAAUAUCAACCGGCCUGCACCAAGUAUCACACAUUUGCUUCUUAAGUUUGACCUUGAUGCCCCCGUGGAAGGGACAGUUUUGCAGCCUAAGUUUCACUACAGUUGUUUGAAGGUCAUUCUUGAAAUGCUGGAGAAACUUCCAAACCCUGAUAUAAACUUCUUACUCUUUGAGUUUGGCUUUCAGCUUUUGUGCGAGUUGAAUUUGGAUCCAUUAACUAGUGGUCCAACCAUGGAUCUCUUGAGCAGCAAAAAAUAUCAGUUUUUUGUUCAGCAUCUUGAUACGAUCGGUGUUGCUACUCUUCCAAAAAGAACUGGCAGCCAGGCGCUCCGUAUCAGUUCCCUUCAUCAGAGGGCAUGGCUAUUAAAGCUCCUAGCUAUUGCAUUGCAUACUGGUUCUGGAAGCAGUUCAGCUCACCUAGAGGCAUGUCAGAGCAUACUUUCUCAUCUUUUUGGGCGGGAGGUAACUGAAGCAGCGAAUGAACUUUUUUCGUCCAGUACAUAUCCUCAGGAUGGUCUUGAUUAUGCUGGAACUAGUUCAAACAGUAAAAGUAAGGCAUUGGCUUUGCUUGAAAUUCUUCAGUUUAGAUCUCCUGAUGCUUCAAUGCAGCUUCCUCAAAUUGUGUCAAGCCGAAAAUAUGACUCACUGGUGGAGGACAUACUUGGGAACCGUGAUACCUCUGUUAGUGGCAGUAUCUACUAUUAUUCUGAGCGUGGUGAUCGGCUAAUUGAUUUAUCUUCCUUCAGCAACAAACUCUGGCAGAAACUACAUUCUGGAUUUCCCCUAGUGGAAUGUUUUCCAAAUGUUGCUGAGCUUAGUGAAGUUAAAGAGACAAUCCAACAGCUGUUGAAAUGGGGCUGGAAGUAUAACCGCAACCUUGAGGAGCAAGCUGCCCAACUUCAUAUGUUAGCUGGCUGGUCUCAGAUUGUUGAGGUGGCUGCUUGCAGAAGAAUAUCUUCUCUUGAUAAUCGGCCUGACAUUUUGUACCGGAUACUUGAUGCCUCUCUUAGUGCUUCCGCGUCUCCAGAUUGUUCAUUAAAAAUGGCGUUCGUACUUACUCAGGUUGCCCUUACCUGUAUUGCCAAACUUCGUGAUGAUAGAUUUUCAUUUCAAGGGGCCUUGAGUUCUGACACCGUGACAUGUCUAGAUGUUAUGAUGGUCAAACAUUUAUCCACUGGUGCUUGCCACUCAGUUCUAUUUAAACUUGUUAUGGCAAUUCUAAGGCAUGAGUCAUCUGAAUCCUUGAGAAGACGCCAAUAUGCAUUGCUUUUGAGCUAUUUCCAGUACUGCCAGCAUAUGAUUGCUCUGGAUGUGCCAACAUCAGUUGUGCAAUUCUUGUUGCUUAAUGAGCAAGAUGGUGAAGAUUUGGAUAUCCAGAAGGAGCAGGCUGAUCUUGCUCGUGCCAACUUUUUAAUAAUAAAGAAAGAAGCUCAGGGCAUCUUGGAUCUGGUAAUCAAGGAUGCAAGUCAAGGCAGUGAAUUUGGGAAAACAAUAUCACUCUAUGUGCUGGAAGCUCUUGUUUGCAUUGAUCACGAGAGAUUUUUCCUUAGUCAGCUUCAGAGCAGAGGUUUCAUACGGUCUUGCCUUGGUAGCAUUAGUAAUAUCUCCUACCAGGAUGGAACACAUUUGCUGGAGUCACAACAGCGAGCAUGUACCUUAGAAUCAGAACUGGCAUUGCUACUUAGAAUUAGUCACAAGUACGGAAAGUCUGGAGGCCAGGUUCUGUUCUCCAUGGGUGCGCUGGAACACAUUUCUUCUUGUAGAGCUAUCAGCUUUAAGGGAAAUAUGAGACGGGUGGAUAUGAAAAUUCAGAGUGAUGUAGGAUAUGAUGUGCAAAAGCAACGAACGAUAAUCACUGCUGUCCUAAGAUUGGUGUUUGCUCUAACCUCAUUGGUUGAGACCUCUGAAUUUUUUGAGGGGAGGAAUAAAAUUGUUCGUGAAGUCGUUGAGUUUAUCAAAGGACAUCAAUUUCUUUUUGACCAACUUCUUCGCGAAGACUUCACUCAAGCAGAUGAUUUAUUGAUGGAGCAAAUUAUUCUUGCAGUAGGAAUAUUGAGCAAGGUCUGGCCUUUUGAAGAGAACGAUGGAUAUGGGUUUGUUCAAGGGCUUUUUGAUAUGAUGAGCAAGCUUUUCAUCGUCUCCCCCAUUAAGUCGAUAUCAUCGCAGAAGGGAUCAGAGCUCAAAUUGUCUCAAUUGCGGUUCAGCUUGACUUCUUACUUAUAUUUUCUGGUGACCAAAAAUUCUCUGAGGUUACAGGUUUCAGAUGAUUCUUUUGAUAGUUCCACUAAACUACGCCAACCGACGUUGCUGUUGCUUGCAUCUCUUCUUUCACAUGUGACCGACUCCCUCGAGAGAGCAGCAGAGAAAAAGUCAUUACUUCUUCAUAAGAUUAGAGACAUAAACGAGCUCUCUAGACAAGAUGUAGAUGCGAUCAUCACGAUGUGUGAUUGCCAAGAAUAUGUCACACCGUCCGACAACAUACACAAAAGGAGAUACAUAGCUAUGGUUGAAAUGUGCCAAAUUGUGGGUAACAGGGACCAGUUAAUCACCUUGUUACUACAACUUGCUGAGCAUGUACUAAAUAUUAUCCUGAUCCAUCUCCAAGAUAGAUCCGUUAGUUCAAAUGAAAGGGGAUCAUAUGGUUCAAAACCCCAUCUACAACAAGAUGUUACAGUUCUCUGUGGCAAAUUGUCGCCUACCAUAGAGAGGCUUGCAUUACUAAAUGAGGGAAAAGUAGGACAUAACCUGAAGGUGUUCCAGAGACUGGCAACGACUGUUAAAGAAAUGGCCAUCCAAAACUGUAUAUGAUAGGCUUGUCAAGAAAUGUAUUCUGGUGGUUGAACAAUUUUUAAGUGAAAUGGCCAAAUCUAAAAUUUAGUGUGGGUUAUAUUGUAUAACUGGUCUUAGGUACUUCAGUCACGACAAAAUAGUACCACAUGAAUUCAGAUGAUACUUUGUCUGAGACUCUGGGGGUGAUUGGGAAGCUUUCACUUGUUUAUGGAAACGCUAACAAAUUUUUAUAAAUUUACAUGUUUGCCCUA